AACGAUCAUCAGUUAGGGCUAAAGUAAAAACAAAAACAUUCUUGAUUAGCCAAGAAUAGAAAAAGCAUAUUGUUGUUAAAAAAACCGGUGUUUUCUCUCUCUAAUUAUUUUCUGCUAAACACAAAAUUAGAUUCAAAUAAUCUAUUAAGUCCAAAAGAUAGACAUGAGACAACAAUUUGAUGCAAGAAAAGCCUCUUUUCAUGCUCCAUUCUUUCUUUAAAUUACUAAUUAUAAAACUCACAUAAACCACCAAACCCAUUCCCUACAACUCAGCUUCAUCGAAGAUUCACUCACUCCCACUUAAAAAUAAAAUAAUAUAUAUAUACAACAACACACGAUGCUGGUGCAAUAUACAUACCAAAGUAUUAAAUCUUAAGAUAUUGUGGGUCGCCCAUCUCUCUUCUCUGUACUCUUCAUUUUGUUAUUCCAUAUUAAAGACGAAGAAAAAUGGACACUCUCUUUACAUUAGUCAGUCUCCAACAACAACAAUCCCAUAGUAUCAUUACAAAUAAAUCUUCGCAAAGCAGAACCUCUACCACCACUACAGGCUCUCCACAAACAGCUUAUCACUACAACUUCCCACAAAGCGACGCCGUCGAAGAAUGCUUAAACUUUUUCAUGGAUGAAGAAGACCUUUCCUCUUCUAAUUCAUCUCAACACAACCAUCACCACAAUAACAAUCCUAGUAACUACUACUCUCCCUUCACUACUUCCACCCAAUACCAUCCCGCCACAUCACCAACUCCUUCCACCACCGUCGUCUUGGCCUCACCUUACUCAUCCGGCCACCACCAUGACCCUUCCGCUUUCUCCAUCCCUCAAACUCCUCCUUCCUUCGACUUCUCAGCCAAUGCCAAGUGGGCCGACUCCAUCCUCCUCGAAGCAGCACGUGCCUUCUCCGACAAAGACACCACACGUGCCCAACAAAUCCUCUGGACACUCAACGAGCUCUCUUCACCAUACGGAGACACCGAGCAGAAACUCGCUUCUUACUUCCUCCAAGCUCUCUUCAACCGCAUGACUGGUUCAGGCGAACGAUGUUACCGAGACAUGGUAACCGCCGCAGCCACGGAGAAGACAUGCUCCUUCGAACAGACGCGCAAGACCAUGCUCAAGUUCCAAGAAGUAAGCCCGUGGGUCACGUUUGGACAUGUGGCGGCAAACGGAGCGAUCUUGGAAGCAAUAGAUGGAGAGGCAAAGAUCCACAUCGUUGACAUAAGUACAACGUUUUGCACUCAGUGGCCGACUCUUCUAGAAGCUUUAGCCACAAGAUCAGACGACACGCCACACCUAAGACUAACCACAAUAGUUGUCGCUAAUAAAUACGUCAACGACCAAACGGCGUCGCGUCGUGUGAUGAAAGAGAUAGGACACCGAAUGGAGAAGUUUGCUAGGCUAAUGGGAGUUCCUUUUACAUUCAAUAUUAUUCAUCACGCCGGAGAUUUAUCCGAGUUUGAUUCAAACAAGCUCAAUAUUAAAUCAGACGAGGUCUUGGCCGUCAACUGUGUAGGUGCCAUGCAUGGGGUUGCGCCUUGCGGAAACCCUAGAGACGCUCUGAUAUCUAAAUUACGAAGGUUAAGACCGAGGAUAAUGACCAUCGUCGAAGAAGAAGCUGAUCUUGUCGGAGAAGAAGGCUUUGAUGAUGAGUUCUUGAGAUUGUUUGGAGAAAGCCUACGUUGGUUUAGGGUUUGCUUUGGGUCGUUGGAAGAGAGUUUUCCGAGGACGAGCACUGAGAGGUUGACGCUAGAGCGUGCGGCGGGACGUGCGAUCGUUGACUUGGUGGCUUGUGAGCCGUCGGAUUCGACGGAGAGGAGAGAGACGGCGAGGAAGUGGUCGAUGAGGAUGAGGAAUGGAGGGUUUGAUGCGGUGGGGUAUAGUGAUGAGGUGGCUGAUGACGUCAGAGCUUUGUUGAGGAGGUAUAAGGAAGGAGUUUGGUCGAUGGUACAGUGCUCUGAUGCUGCCGGAAUAUUUCUUUGUUGGAGAGAUCAGCCGGUGGUUUGGGCUAGUGCGUGGCGGCCAACGUAAAUGAUUGGUUCUUUUUUAUAUAUAUUCGCACGUGUGGUGAUGGUUGAUGGUGGAUUUUGAGAUUAAGAGUUACUGUAUGGUGAUAAUGCGUUCAUAAUUUGAAUUUUGCUUUUGGAAUAGGACUGAUUAAAUUGUGAUCAUUGAAGAGGAGGACGUCAAGAGUUUAUAAAUUCGUGAUAAUUAGUUUUAUUUUUUGCACAAAAAAUAAUAAUGUUUCUUUCUUCCCUUUUUGAUCGAGUUCAAAAUUUGUGAUUAGUUUGGUUUAUGGAAAAUAAUAGGGGUUUAUGAAUGAUUACAUUGAAAGAUCGAUUUAACCGAUCGAGCUCAUAAUGGAGUAUACUUAUACGAAUUGAGGUAUAUAUCAUUAUUCCAUGUUUCUAAUACAUAAUAUAUUUGCUGAUUAAGAGAGAUGGCUCAGCACUUCACUUCAUGUUUGGUUCUUGUAUAUUGUUUCAAUCUCAAUGCAUGAACUCAAAGAUCUCAAUAAGAAUAACUCAACUCUUAUUAUUAGUUUAAGAAAAUAUCUCAAGACUUAAGCUCUCACAAUAGAUCUCUCACAACUCAUAAGUUAUAUCACAAAUUGAUAUCUCCUUAUAUAAACCUAUUUAUUUCCUAAAUUCACUUAACUUUAGUUAGAUAACUCCUAACCUAAGUCUAAUUAGUAAACCAUACUCAAAUAGGAUUAGGAAGACUUGCUUUCUAAGUUAUCUUUGAGCUUGCUUCCAACAGUAUAUAAUAUAGAAACUUAGGACAGCUACUUUGGCUGAGGAAUCUCUUCGUUUUGAAUUUCGUGAAUGCAGCUCUAGUGGUCUGCACACUUCUGAAAAUGUAUUUAACAUAUUUUUGAACAUUCAUAAAAAUAGACAAACUUAGAACAUUUGAAAUUUCAUAACAAUCACUUUCUGAUACUAGUGGCAACCGGAUAAUAUGUGUUUACAUGCAAUACAAGUUUAUGAGACUAGUGGCAACCGGCUAGGCGGCUAAUAUAUAUACAUGCAAUACAAGUUUCUGUUUAGGAACACCAAAGCGUAUGUUAAUGGUUAAAGUGGUAUAUUACAGUUCUAGUGGUUCACAUUUCUGAUGCCUGGUGUGAACAAAAGAAAAUUAUCAACGUCUUAGUUACUCACAAAAUUAUAGCUUAUUCAUUUGUCGUUCUCGUGAAGUGUAUAUCAUUUAUUUAUAUUGGCUUUUUAAUAAUGAAUCAUUCAACUGUUGCUUUGUAGAAGUGAUAAAGGGAUCAGUCUUUUAUUUGAUUCAUAUAUAUAAAUAAUAUGUCUUCAAUGGAUUACACAUGCAUAUACCUAAAGAUUGUGCAUGGCACCCCUUGGCCCUUACCAUCAUGUUUUUAUUUAGAAAACAGCUCAUAAAGAGUAAAUAAUUGAAAUAAAACCUUUAUAUAAUAGCCUUUUGAAUUUGAGAACAAAAUAAAAAUAUGAAAAAGUAGUGUGGGUACUGCUUUUGAGAUAUGUGGCUGGUUUUACUACAACUCUCCCCUGCAUCUUUUGAUGAGGCUUUUUGCCUCCCCAUGUUAGUAUUGGUACGAUUUUUUAGCUUCGCUUUCUAAGCUAAUCGUUUUAAAUCUAGCUUCUUUUGGUCUGUUUUCGUGUUUAUAAAGUCAUGCAAAAAGCAGACUAAUACAAUAAAAAUCUACCUGUUGGCCCAUUUUAGCUUUAACUAUAAUCAAAACCAUGUUGGGUCCCUUUGUACCACGACUUGACCAUUACAGACAUGAUUCAUCUAACCAGAAAACCCUUAAAAUCAUAGGGAAUAUCCCAAUUAUUAAUCCCAUGAUGUAAAGGUUAAUUUUGAAGGUCAUUUUAAUCUAUUUUAUUUUUCUUAAUUUAUUAUACGAGUCACUGAUAAAUCGAGUCUUGUAAGAAAUAGUAUUAAUUUAAUGCUAUAUUUAUAAAUUCAAGGAGAAAUGCUAUCUAAUAAUUAAGAGAAAUGAGUUAUGAUAACAUGAUAGAUAUAAGCAGCCUCUAAAUUUUAAUGUUUGUGUAACAAAAUGGUUUUACUGUCAUUUUCAGUCGCAUGAUCAUUGACUAAAUGUUCAAUGCAGCAAUCAUGUUCAAACAACCGUAACAAAAAGUAUAUUACUUGCAGUUAACUACAUCAUCAGAACCGUUUGUCUGUCCGUCUCUUUUUGAUCGACUGAUGUGGUCGUCUCCAUGGGCCUCACUUAAUGGGCCACAAGAAGCCCAUUCCAAUUCGACGAGCAAAAACUGCAACUGCAGAUGAAAACUCGAACGGACAGCGAAAGCCCUAGCAAACACCACUCACCGGCGAAAAUGCGAUCUCCGAUCUCCAGAUUCUUAUCAAGAUCCAUCCUUUUCCUCCACCGCGCAACGCCUUUAACCGCCGCCACUCGCCACCUAUGCGCCGUCGCGUCUCCCGAGACCAGGACAAAGAAGCUCGACCGAAUCGCCGACGAAUUGCUCAAACUGAACAGGAUCGAGCUUUACGAUUACUCGAUCCUCUUCAGCCAUAAACUCGGCCUCAACCGCUACGGCUCCUCCGUCUCCGUCCCCGCCGGAGAUCUCCCCGCCGGCGCAUCAGCCGCAGCCGAGAGCAAAGCUGCGGAGAAGACGGCGUUCGAUGUGAAGCUGGAGAAGUUCGAAGCGGCGUCGAAGAUUAAGGUGAUAAAGGAGAUAAGAGCGUUCACGGAGCUGGGGCUGAAAGAAGCCAAGGAACUAGUUGAGAAAGCUCCUGUUGUUGUCAAGACAGGUCUCACUAAGGACGAAGCUGAGAAGAUCAUGGAGAAACUCAAAGCUGUUGGUGCUGUUGUAGCUUUGGAAUGAAAAUAAAGUCUCAGACUUUAUCAUCAGACAACAACUCUUAUGAAUGAUUGCUACUCCUGUCUGGUAAUAACUUCUUCAUGUAAUAGUACAUUUUAUAGAAAGGUUGCUUUUUUUUCAGUCUGUAGCUUUUGAAUGAAUAAAAGUCUCAGACUUUAUGAAUGUUUCACUCCUGUCUGGUAAUAACUUCUUCCUUUUGAUCUUCUAGAAAGGUUGAUUCUUUGCGUUUUGGUCUCUGGUAUCUGCUGUUCUGAGUUGUAAGCAGAAACAGCUUAUCUAACUCGAGAGAGGUUGUAAUCUGCAGAAACAGAUUGUGUUGUGUGUUCUUUGAUGUUUUUUUCUCUA